GCUGGUCACUUGGAGAGCAUGGAGAGUGGUCUAAGUUCAGUAAUUAUGAGGUGGCCACACGAGUUCCAUUCAUUCUUAAAGUGCCUCAACUUCAACAAAAAGGGAAACAUCUGAAUCAGGAACAAAAAGAUCAGAAUCUAUGGAUUCAGAAACGGAAGAGUGAACAAGGUCUACUCACUGGACAGAAGAAACUGGAACAACUGAAUCAGGAACAAAAAGAUCAGGAUCUAUGGAUUCAGAAACGGAAGAGUGAACAAGGUCUACUCACUGGACAGAAGAAUCUGGAACAACUGAAUCAGGAACAAAAGAAACAGGUUCUAUGGAUUCAGAGACGGAAGAGUAAAGAAGGUCGUCUACUCACUGGACAGAAGAAACUGGAACAAAAAGAUCAGGAUCUAUGGAUUCAGAAACGGAAGAGUGAAGAAGGUCUACUCACUGGACAGAAGAAACUGGAACAACAGAAACAGGAACAAAAGAAACAGGAUCUAUGGAUUCAGAAACGGAAGAGUGAACAAGGUCUACUCACUGGACAGAAGAAACUGGAACAACAGUCUAAGGAACAAGAGAAAAAGUGGCGCAUGCGCAAUGAGCUAGUGGAAUUGGUGGAUUUGUUUCCAACCCUGGUGGAACUGGCUGGGUUCGAACCAUUGGAGAGGUGCUCAACUGGUGAAAAGCAGCAAUUGCUCUGCACUGAGGGAAACAGUUUGGUGCCUCUCUUGCUUCAGGAGAACAGUGUCAAUCCGACGACAGCAAAGUGGAAACGAGCAGCAUUCAGCCAGUACCCGCGUCCCGGCCUCUACCCUAUGCUUAAACCGAACAGCGACCGUCCUCGAUUAUCCGAAAUUGCCGUCAUGGGCUACACAAUGCGCACCGACCGCUAUCGCUACACCGAAUGGGAGGCUGUUGAUUUUGGGGCGAGGCUUGAGGAGGCUGUUGAUAGUGGCAAGAGGUUUUUUGGAGGAGGCUAAAAAGUUUUGGAGUUGUAGCGGCAGGGAUGUUUAAUUAAUAGAUUGUAGCACUUUGGUGAGUUGGAGUACUCAGAGUUUCGGGCACAGUCAUUAUAAUGAGUGAAUAAAUCAAUUCUUACAUAUAAAAA